GUAUAGGCUGUGUUGUCACGCCGGUGUCAGUCUGAUGAAGAUUGGCAUCAGUGCCUUGUCAUUCACAAAAACCAGAGGAUGGAGUUGAAAGGAUCUUUGAAGGCACCAGAGGACCACAGGAAGGUGAAGUCCGGAGGAGGAUUCUGAGGCUUCCUGUCCUCCAUGCCGCUCACCAGAAAAGGAACUGUGAACUGUGCUGGGGCGCUAGCUGACAGGAAGAAUUUCUGGCCCAGCUGGGAGUGAGAAGAGGGAGUGAGUCUCCUGAGGGCCAUCCUCGAGUCGCCAGGAUCACCCAAACAAUCCUCGAUGUGAAUCAAUCCCAUGAUGCAACAUGCCUCCCCAGCCCCUGCUCUGACGAUGAUGGCCACGCAGAAUGUCCCUCCCCCACCCUACCAGGACAGCCCGCAGAUGACAGCAACGGCUCAGGCUCCCUCUAAGACCCAGGCUGUCCACAUCUCCGCACCCUCAGCUGCUGCCAGCACACCGGUGCCCAGUGCCCCUAUUGACCCCCAGGCCCAGCUGGAGGCUGACAAGCGAGCUGUGUACAGGCACCCUCUUUUCCCGCUCCUGACGCUGCUGUUUGAGAAAUGUGAACAGGCCACCCAGGGCUCAGAGUGCAUCACCUCCGCCAGCUUUGAUGUGGACAUCGAGAAUUUUGUCCACCAGCAGGAGCAGGAGCACAAACCCUUCUUCAGCGAUGACCCAGAACUGGACAAUCUGAUGGUGAAGGCAAUCCAGGUCCUGAGAAUUCACCUGCUGGAAUUGGAGAAAGUCAAUGAACUCUGCAAGGACUUUUGUAACCGGUACAUCACCUGCCUCAAAACCAAGAUGCACAGUGACAACCUGCUCAGGAAUGACCUCGGGGGACCCUACUCCCCCAACCAGCCCUCCAUAAACCUUCACUCACAGGACCUCCUGCAGAAUUCCCCCAAUUCCAUGUCUGGAGUCUCCAAUAACCCCCAGGGGAUUGUGGUCCCAGCCUCAGCGCUCCAGCAGGGCAACAUCGCCAUGACAACCGUCAACUCACAAGUGGUGUCAGGUGGAGCCUUAUACCAGCCAGUUACCAUGGUAACCUCCCAGGGUCAGGUGGUCACCCAAGCAAUCCCCCAGGGAGCCAUCCAGAUCCAGAACACACAGGUUAACCUUGACCUCACCUCCCUCCUGGACAAUGAGGAUAAGAAGUCCAAGAACAAACGAGGAGUCUUGCCCAAGCAUGCCACCAAUAUAAUGCGUUCUUGGCUCUUCCAGCAUCUCAUGCAUCCCUACCCCACGGAGGAUGAGAAGAGGCAGAUUGCAGCCCAGACAAACCUCACCCUCUUGCAAGUAAAUAACUGGUUCAUCAACGCCCGGAGGCGCAUCCUGCAGCCCAUGCUUGAUGCCAGCAACCCAGACCCUGCCCCUAAAGCCAAGAAGAUCAAGUCGCAGCACCGGCCCACCCAAAGAUUCUGGCCCAACUCCAUUGCUGCGGGUGUGCUGCAACAGCAGGGCGGCGCCCCAGGGACGAACCCGGACGGUUCCAUCAGCUUGGACAACCUGCAGUCCCUGUCCUCAGACAAUGCCACCAUGGCCAUGCAGCAGGCCAUGAUGGCCGCACAUGACGACUCGUUGGAUGGGACAGAAGAGGAGGACGAGGAGGAGAUGGAAGAGGAGGAGGAAGAGGAGCUGGAGGAGGAGGCAGAUGAGCUUCAGACGACAAAUGUCAGCGACCUGGGCUUGGAACACAGUGACUCCCUGGAAUAGUUGCAGCCCAGAUGGCACUGGUCACCAAGCAGGACAGGAGUGUCGUCAGGAGGGCUCCAGGGUGGGGGGGAGGGGGGCACGGGCAGGCAGCACCAAGGAAGUUGGGCCCUAGCUUCCCCAAAUCAGUAGCUCGAAGAAAUGCUGAGGAGACCCCCGCUCCUUCCCAACUCCCAGGCUUCCGUGAGCGCCCCCGCCCCACUUCCCUAGACCUGCAGAGGACUCCGUUUGCGGGGCCGGCCACGCAGCCUACACGGAAAGGCAGGAGUGAGAGCUGGACUCACGAAUCCCUGAGGACAGAUGGCACCCAUGCCCCUGCCCAAACUGAAGGACUUGAGAUGUUUACAAGCCCUGCACUGUGAGGCGGAGCGGGGCUGUUGAGAGUGAGCCUCGCCAGGGACAGAGGAGGAAAGGGAGAGUCAAGGGGCUCUGGGUUCCACCCCCAUGAGGUUCUCAGCUCCUCGAAAGACAUUCAAGGGCAAGAGCCCAGACUCAUCACCAGUGGCUGUAGCAGAGGGAAAGGCCCUGAGGCGUCACAUCUUGCAGAUUGGAGUGGGACCCAGGCCCCCAAGGGCUCUUGCUCAUUCCUCCAAGGACCUGUCUCAGGCACGGGCAAACCAUGGACUUGGAAGAGAGGGCAGGAGCCCCCACAGCCACCUUCUCUCUCUCUCUCUCUCUCUCUCUCUCUCUCUCCUGGAAAGGAAUAGUAAGCUGGCAAGGCUCGGAUUGUAGGGCGUUCAGAGGAAUCCCUUCCCCUGGGUCAGUUCCAGGACCCAAGGAGAUGGCAGAACCUGAGCUAGGAGCCAUAUCAAGGUGACUUUGGGGACCACAGCCAUCCCUAGGUGGUCACAGAACUCAGCUCCUGUAGCAACAGGACAAUGGUGUCUUAUCCCAGAUGUUCCAGCCCUCAAAUGGAGCUCCUCAGAUGUCCCAGCCCUCAGCCCCCCAUGGCUGUCCCCCUGCUCCUGGGCUGGCAGAGCAGCCCCCAUUCUCUUUUCAUUUUAUCCUUCAGAGAAGGCAGAAGAAACAUUGGAAAGAAGCAUCCAGUCCAGUGGGAAGCCAGGGGUUGGAGAAGGUGCUAUAUCCCUCUUCCCAUCAGUAUCCAAAGUGUGGGCAAGGAGCCAGAGAAAUGGUGCCCCAGAGCCAAGUGGUGCCCCACCCCCACACCCCUCGAUGAUCUCCCCCCCGACCACCACCACAACACACAGCACUGGAGGAACUGGGGCUCCCUCAAGGAGGAGGCUUGCCACCACCUGCCCUGACUCCCACCCUCCCACCCCAACUUCCAGGCCCCCAUGAUUGGCACCCCCCCCACCCCUUGGCUGUGAAUGACAGGACUGCUCACACGUGUGUUUUCCAUUGGAUUUAAUUUAAUGGACUUGCAGUUUCAUUUGUAAAUCGUGCAUUGGCCAUCUCCUUCAGUGGCAGGAUGCGAGUGGCCACCUGGCUCAAGCUGAGGGGACCCUCAGGGCCUUCUGGGGCUUCCCCUCCCCCACCUGGUUGGGGUGGAGCAAAAGGAUGGUCGCUCUCCUGAGGUCUCCCUGAAAUGAAUGUAUUUCUCCCCCAAAAGAGCUGAUAUUUAAUGUUUUAAUAGGGAUUUUUGAGAAACAAAUAACCUUAUUUAUAAUCUGGGUGAUCCAAUCAUUUUUUACUCCCUUUUGAUGCCAUAAGUAGAGGAAAGUCUAGCUUUUUUGGCGUGAGACUUUUGCAAUGUGCAGUGGGAUAAAAUACAUUUCCUUUUCUGGUUCAUUUUUCUUGUUCUAUUUCUCUCUCUCUCUCUCCCUCUCUGACACACACACACACACACACACACUCUUUCUCCUACCACUUCGAACGGCAACCCACCCAGCACAGGCACACCUGCACACAUGUCCACACAUCCUCUUCCCAGCCCCUCCACCUGCCUAAUGUUAUGCAACCUCCUUCUGAUGUAUCCACCAAACCAGUACUGAAUGUGGCCGAGAAGUUUUCAGUAAAUCUUAUUACCUACCAUCA